AUGACGUCCUCAGACAGCAACACCCGGGUUGCACUACCCGCUGGCAGUGAAUCGGUGACCGUCAAGAUAAUCAACCCCGUCAACUUUGGCCCAGCAGUUCUAAGCCGCUUUAUGGCACCACCAGUGCCUGGACUCGAAAAGUUCCCCGCACUGCCGUCCUUUUCCUUUCUAAUCGAGCACCGUCCAUCCGGUCGCAAGCUUGUAUUCGACCUGGGCAUCCGCAAGGACUUUGAGACGGGCUACUCGAAAAACAUUUGUGAAUAUAUACCAACGACCAAUUACGAUAUUAGGGUAGAAAAGGAUGUCGUGGAGAUUCUGGAAGACGGAGGUGUCGAUCCUCGGGGGAUCGAGGCAGUCAUCUGGUCCCACUGGCACUGGGACCAUAUCGGCAAUCCUCAAUCUUUCCCCGAGACGACCGAUCUGAUAGUUGGGCCGGGGUUUAAAGAGGCGAUGCUCCCAGGAGCACCGGCAAACCCAGAGUCUCCGAUCCAGGAGAGCGACUAUGCAAACCGCAACCUCCGCGAGAUCACAUUCGAUGGACCUCGGGCCCUCAAGAUAGGGAGCUUCCCAGCAUACGACUACUUUGGCGACGGGUCCUUUUACCUGCUCGACAGUCCGGGGCAUGCGGUCGGACACCUCUGCGGACUCGCGCGCACAACCACCUCGCCGACCUCCACGUUCGUGCUCCUAGGCGGCGACGUGUGCCACUACGCCGGCAUCUUCCGGCCGUCACCGCAGCUGCCCAUCCCGGCCAGCAUAGCACCGCACCCGUGCCCAUCGUCGUUGCUGCCCGCGCUGUGUCCCGGCCACGCAUGGGAGGAGCUGCAGAGGUCGCGCGGGCACGCGGCCACCGAUGCGCUCUACGACAUGACGUUUGGGCACGACAUACCGCUGGCCAACAAGACUGUCAGCUGGCUGCAGGAGCUGGACUGCAUCGAGGACGUGUUUGUCAUUGUGGCCCACGACGGCACGGUGCGGGACAGCGGCGUGCCGCAGUUCCCUCGGAGCUUGAACGACUGGAAGGCCAAAGGUUGGGGUAAGGAUCUGAGGUGGGCGUUUCUGCGGGACUUGGAGACUUUUUGGAGGACCAAGGGCUUGGUAUAG